AUGUCUCGCCAUCAAACCGAUUCAGCGGCGCGCCUGCCAACCACCUCGACGGGAUCAGCUUCUCCCCGCGCCACAUUACUCACAGACCUACCGCCUGAAAUCCUCCUGCGUGUCUGUGAGUAUCUUGUCCCUGAGCAGCGGGAGCCGAUGCCGCUCACGGAUGAUGAAUUACAUCGCCAUAGGGAGGAGCGUCGGGUUGCAGGAUUUGCCGGUCAGGAUACAGUCGGACCAUUCCACCUCCGUGAUUUCGGGGCGGAUGUAGCGAAGGCGGAUCGACCCAACCACCUCGCAAAUUUUGCCGCCACGUGCCAAUCGUUCCGUGAUCAAGCACGCUGGAUCACAGGGGAGCGCUCGUUUGCACUGACUAUCGGCUAUGCAGGCGUUACGUUCGAGGGCAUUCGCGACGUGAGACCGCUCCAGGGUUGUAAGAGCCGUGAGUCGUAUGCGGACUCAGAGCAUUCGGUUGCUGGCAACAUUGCCUUCAAUGUUCUCAUAAACACGCUCAGCAACAUCAAGAAGCUGGAACUUCAUAUCACGAUCAAAAUGAUUCGCCUUGGGUUGGGAAGGACAGAACUUUUCGUCAAGCAGCUGGCUGGCCAACUGUCGGCUUUGAGGGAUCGAGGCUCGCGGCUUUCUCAUGUGGAUCUCAAGGUUGUCGUCGGAUUUACGCGGGACCAGGAGCCCAGGAGAGAAAACAGGGAGAUCCGCCUUGUGAACGCCGUCGUGGAGCUCAAGAGGUUCAUGAAGGAACAGGGAAACGAAGCCUUUGCCGAAGUCGCCGCUCGGACGGUGCCAGAAGUUUUGCAUCCUUUGGCACUAUCCUUGCGAGGCCAUCCGGCCGUCGAUAUCCAACCACAGGGUCACGAUCAGGCUCCAGAAUCAGAGUCCAGAGAGCACCAGGCUGCAGCAGGGCUUAAGGUCACUGUGAAAUGGGGCGAUCCUAUGAUCCAUUGGGGUUGGCAGUUCGAUCCGACCAAUCUCGGGCCCACUCAGGUCUUCAGAUCCUCGGACCCAAUUCGAUGGGGGAGUUUCCAGCUACUCUGCGAAGAAGUGCAAGAGCGGUUUUAUCGCACUGCUGGAAUGCCGCCGCCUGCGUAA